AGGACUGUCAGCAGCAAAAGGAUGGCAUCAGAACUGGCAAUGAGCAACUCCGACCUGCCCACCAGUCCCCUGGCCAUGGAAUAUGUUAAUGACUUCGAUCUGAUGAAGUUUGAAGUGAAAAAGGAGCCGGUGGAGACCGAUCGCAUUAUCAGCCAGUGCGGCCGCUUGAUCGCUGGGGGAUCGCUCUCUUCCACCCCGAUGAGCACGCCCUGCAGCUCGGUGCCCCCUUCCCCGAGCUUCUCGGCGCCCAGCCCGGGCUCUGGCACGGACCAGAAGACCCACCUGGAAGAUUAUUACUGGAUGACCGGCUACCCGCAGCAGCUCAACCCAGAGGCGUUGGGAUUCAGCCCCGAAGACGCGGUGGAAGCGCUGAUCAACAGCAGCCACCACCAGCUCCAGAGCAGCUUCGAUGGCUAUGCUAGAGGGCAGCAGCUGGCCGCCGCGGCGGCCGGCACUGGGGGCUCCAUGCCCGGGGAAGAGAUGGGCUCUGCCGCCGCCGUGGUCUCCGCAGUGAUCGCUGCAGCCGCGGCUCAGAACGGGGCACCCCACUACCACCACCAUCACCACCCGGCUGGGCACCACCACCACCAGCAGCCGGGCAGCGUGCAGUCCAGCAGCAGUAGCAGCAGCAGCAGCAGCACCGGGGGAGGAGGUGGUGGAGGGGGUCUGCACCACCAGCACCACAGCAGCAGCCUGCAUUUCGACGACCGCUUCUCGGAUGAGCAGCUGGUGACCAUGUCGGUGAGGGAGCUGAACAGGCAGCUCCGAGGGGUGAGCAAGGAAGAGGUGAUCCGGCUGAAACAGAAGAGGAGGACCCUCAAAAACAGAGGCUAUGCCCAGUCCUGUCGCUUCAAGAGGGUCCAGCAAAGGCACGUCCUGGAGUCAGAGAAGAACCAGCUGCUGCAGCAAGUAGAGCACCUAAAGCAAGAGAUCUCCAGGCUGGUCCGGGAGAGGGACGCCUACAAGGAAAAAUAUGAGAAGCUGGUCAGCAAUGGCUUCAGAGAAAACGGAUCCAGCAGCGACAACCCUUCCUCUCCAGAGUUUUUCAUGUACCCAAGAGAAUCUUCUACAUCGGUGAUGUGAAAAUGCCUGUUGCCUGAAG